AUGAAAUUACUGUUACUAAGCAGUUUCGUUUUUGGUCUCAUUGGAACGCUUCAUGGAAGAGAGUCUCCCCUGUCAAAUGAAGUCAUACCUUACUACGAUUACGAAACCUAUGACGAUGACCUGGAAGAAGAUUACAAUUACUAUUACCCGUACGAAGACUACGAGUAUUACCCAGAUGAGUACUAUGAUGAAGGAGGAGAAGUUGAAUCGCCAACAGAUUACGGAAAACGCGAUCAGCCGAAAUAUGAAGGCGAGCCGAAAGAUGAAGAUAGUGGAGAACCGGUAGAUGAUGAAGAUGAAGGCGAGCCACAAGAUGAAGGCGAGCCGAAAGAAGAAGAUGAAGGAGAACCCGUAGAUGAUGAAGAUGAAGGCGAGCCGAAAGAAGAGGAUGAAGGAGAACCCGUAGAUGAUGAAGAUGAAGGCGAGCCGAAAGAAGAGGAUGAAGGAGAACCCGUAGAUGAUGAAGAUGAAGGCGAGCCGAAAGAAGAAGAUGAAGGAGAACCCGUAGAUGAUGAAGAUGAAGGCGAGCCGAAAGAAGAAGAUGAAGGAGAACCCGUAGAUGAUGAAGAUGAAGGCGAGCCGAAAGAAGAAGAUGAAGGAGAACCCGUAGAUGAUGAAGAUGAAGGCGAGCCGAAAGAAGAAGAUGAAGGAGAACCCGUAGAUGAUGAAGAUGAAGGCGAGCCGAAAGAAGAAGAUGAAGGAGAACCCGUAGAUGAUGAAGAUGAAGGCGAGCCGAAAGAAGAAGAUGAAGGAGAACCCGUAGAUGAUGGAGAUGAAGGCGAGCCGAAAGAAGAAGAUGAACGAGAACCCGUAGAUGAUGAAGAUGAAGGCGAGCCGAAAGAAGAAGAUGAAGGAGAACCCGUAGAUGAUGAAGAUGAAGGCGAGCCGAAAGAAGAAGAUGAAGGAGAACCCGUAGAUGAUGAAGAUGAAGGCGAGCCGAAAGAAGAAGAUGAAGGAGAACCCGUAGAUGAUGAAGAUGAAGGCGAGCCGAAAGAAGAAGAUGAAGGAGAACCCGUAGAUGAUGAAGAUGAAGGCGAGCCGAAAGAAGAAGAUGAAGGAGAACCCGCAGAUGAUGAAGAUGAAGGCGAGCCGAAAGAAGAAGAUGAAGGAGAACCCGCAGAUGAUGAAGAUGAAGGCGAGCCGAAAGAAGAAGAUGAAGGAGAACCCGUAGAUGAUGAAGAUGAAGGCGAGCCGAAAGAAGAAGAUGAAGGAGAACCCGUAGAUGAUGAAGAUGAAGGCGAGCCGAAAGAAAAAGAUGAAGGAGAACCCGUAGAUGAUGAAGAUGAAGGCGAGCCGAAAGAAAAAGAUGAAGGAGAACCCGUAGAUGAUGAAGAUGAAGGCGAGCCGAAGGAAGAAGAUGAAGGAGAACCCGUAGAUGAUGAAGAUGAAGGCGAGCCGAAAGAAGAAGAUGAAGGAGAACCCGUAGAUGAUGAAGAUGAAGGCGAGCCGAAAGAAGAAGAUGAAGGAGAACCCGCAGAUGAUGAAGAUGAAGGCGAGCCGAAAGAAGAAGAUGAAGGAGAACCCGUAGAUGAUGAAGACGAAGGCGAGCCGAAAGAAGAAGAUGAAGGAGAACCCGUAGAUGAUGAAGAUGAAGGCGAGCCGAAAGAAGAAGAUGAAGGAGAACCCGUAGAUGAUGAAGAUGAAGGCGAGCCGAAAGAAGAAGAUGAAGGAGAACCCGUAGAUGAUGAAGAUGAAGGCGAGCCGAAAGAAGAAGAUGAAGGAGAACCCGUAGAUGAUGAAGAUGAAGGCGAGCCGAAAGAAGAAGAUGAAGGAGAACCCGUAGAUGAUGAAGAUGAAGGCGAGCCGAAAGAAGAAGAUGAAGGAGAACCCGUAGAUGAUGAAGAUGAAGGCGAGCCGAAAGAAGAAGAUGAAGGAGAACCCGUAGAUGAUGAAGAUGAAGGCGAGCCGAAAGAAGAAGAUGAAGGAGAACCCGUAGAUGAUGAAGAUGAAGGCGAGCCGAAAGAAGAAGAUGAAGGAGAACCCGUAGAUGAUGAAGACGAAGGCGAGCCGAAAGAAGAAGAUGAAGGAGAACCCGUAGAUGAUGAAGACGAAGGCGAGCCGAAAGAAGAAGAUGAAGGAGAACCCGUAGAUGAUGAAGACGAAGGCGAGCCGAAAGAAGAAGAUGAAGGAGAACCCGUAGAUGGUGAAGAUGAAGGCGAGCCGAAAGAAGAGGAUGAAGGAGAACCCGUAGAUGAUGAAGAUGAAGGCGAGCCGAAAGAAGAAGAUGAAGGAAAACCCGUAGAUGAUGAAGAUGAAGGCGAGCCGAAAGAAGAAGAUGAAGGAAAACCCGUAGAUGAUGAAGAUGAAGGCGAGCCGAAAGAAGAAGAUGAAGGAGAACCCGUAGAUGAUGAAGAUGAAGGCGAGCCGAAAGAAGAAGAUGAAGGAGAACCCGUAGAUGAUGAAGAUGAAGGCGAGCCGAAAGAAGAAGAUGAAGGAGAACCCGUAGAUGAUGAAGAUGAAGGCGAGCCGAAAGAAGAAGAUGAAGGAGAACCCGUAGAUGAUGAAGAUGAAGGCGAGCCGAAAGAAGAAGAUGAAGGAGAACCCGUAGAUGAUGAAGAUGAAGGCGAGCCGAAAGAAGAAGAUGAAGGAGAACCCGUAGAUGAUGAAGAUGAAGGCGAGCCGAAAGAAGAAGAUGAAGGAGAACCCGUAGAUGAUGAAGAUGAAGGCGAGCCGAAAGAAGAAGAUGAAGGAGAACCCGUAGAUGAUGAAGAUGAAGGCGAGCCGAAAGAAGAAGAUGAAGGAGAACCCGUAGAUGAUGAAGACGAAGGCGAGCCGAAAGAAGAAGAUGAAGGAGAACCCGUAGAUGAUGAAGACGAAGGCGAGCCGAAAGAACAAGAUGAAGGAGAACCCGUAGAUGAUGAAGAUGAAGGCGAGCCGAAAGAAGAGGAUGAAGGAGAACCCGUAGAUGAUGAAGAUGAAGGCGAGCCGAAAGAAGAGGAUGAAGGAGAACCCGUAGAUGAUGAAGAUGAAGGCGAGCCGAAAGAAGAAGAUGAAGGAGAACCCGUAGAUGAUGAAGAUGAAGGCGAGCCGAAAGAAGAAGAUGAAGGAGAACCCGUAGAUGAUGAAGAUGAAGGCGAGCCGAAAGAAGAAGAUGAAGGAGAACCCGUAGAUGAUGAAGAUGAAGGCGAGCCGAAAGAAGAAGAUGAAGGAGAACCCGUAGAUGAUGAAGAUGAAGGCGAGCCGAAAGAAGAAGAUGAAGGAGAACCCGUAGAUGAUGAAGAUGAAGGCGAGCCGAAAGAAGAAGAUGAAGGAGAACCCGUAGAUGAUGAAGAUGAAGGCGAGCCGAAAGAAGAAGAUGAAGGAGAACCCGUAGAUGAUGAAGAUGAAGGCGAGCCGAAAGAAAAAGAUGAAGGAGAACCCGUAGAUGAUGAAGAUGAAGGCGAGCCGAAAGAAAAAGAUGAAGGAGAACCCGUAGAUGAUGAAGAUGAAGGCGAGCCGAAGGAAGAAGAUGAAGGAGAACCCGUAGAUGAUGAAGAUGAAGGCGAGCCGAAAGAAGAAGAUGAAGGAGAACCCGUAGAUGAUGAAGAUGAAGGCGAGCCGAAAGAAGAAGAUGAAGGAGAACCCGCAGAUGAUGAAGAUGAAGGCGAGCCGAAAGAAGAAGAUGAAGGAGAACCCGUAGAUGAUGAAGACGAAGGCGAGCCGAAAGAAGAAGAUGAAGGAGAACCCGUAGAUGAUGAAGAUGAAGGCGAGCCGAAAGAAGAAGAUGAAGGAGAACCCGUAGAUGAUGAAGAUGAAGGCGAGCCGAAAGAAGAAGAUGAAGGAGAACCCGUAGAUGAUGAAGAUGAAGGCGAGCCGAAAGAAGAAGAUGAAGGAGAACCCGUAGAUGAUGAAGAUGAAGGCGAGCCGAAAGAAGAAGAUGAAGGAGAACCCGUAGAUGAUGAAGAUGAAGGCGAGCCGAAAGAAGAAGAUGAAGGAGAACCCGUAGAUGAUGAAGAUGAAGGCGAGCCGAAAGAAGAAGAUGAAGGAGAACCCGUAGAUGAUGAAGAUGAAGGCGAGCCGAAAGAAGAAGAUGAAGGAGAACCCGUAGAUGAUGAAGAUGAAGGCGAGCCGAAAGAAGAAGAUGAAGGAGAACCCGUAGAUGAUGAAGACGAAGGCGAGCCGAAAGAAGAAGAUGAAGGAGAACCCGUAGAUGAUGAAGACGAAGGCGAGCCGAAAGAAGAAGAUGAAGGAGAACCCGUAGAUGAUGAAGACGAAGGCGAGCCGAAAGAAGAAGAUGAAGGAGAACCCGUAGAUGGUGAAGAUGAAGGCGAGCCGAAAGAAGAGGAUGAAGGAGAACCCGUAGAUGAUGAAGAUGAAGGCGAGCCGAAAGAAGAAGAUGAAGGAAAACCCGUAGAUGAUGAAGAUGAAGGCGAGCCGAAAGAAGAAGAUGAAGGAAAACCCGUAGAUGAUGAAGAUGAAGGCGAGCCGAAAGAAGAAGAUGAAGGAGAACCCGUAGAUGAUGAAGAUGAAGGCGAGCCGAAAGAAGAAGAUGAAGGAGAACCCGUAGAUGAUGAAGAUGAAGGCGAGCCGAAAGAAGAAGAUGAAGGAGAACCCGUAGAUGAUGAAGAUGAAGGCGAGCCGAAAGAAGAAGAUGAAGGAGAACCCGUAGAUGAUGAAGAUGAAGGCGAGCCGAAAGAAGAAGAUGAAGGAGAACCCGUAGAUGAUGAAGAUGAAGGCGAGCCGAAAGAAGAAGAUGAAGGAGAACCCGUAGAUGAAGAAGAUGAAGGCGAGCCGAAAGAAGAAGAUGAAGGAGAACCCGUAGAUGAUGAAGAUGAAGGCGAGCCGAAAGAAGAAGAUGAAGGAGAACCCGUAGAUGAUGAAGAUGAAGGCGAGCCGAAAGAAGAAGAUGAAGGAGAACCCGUAGAUGAUGAAGACGAAGGCGAGCCGAAAGAAGAAGAUGAAGGAGAACCCGUAGAUGAUGAAGACGAAGGCGAGCCGAAAGAAGAAGAUGAAGGAGAACCCGUAGAUGAUGAAGAUGAAGGCGAGCCGAAAGAAGAGGAUGAAGGAGAACCCGUAGAUGAUGAAGAUGAAGGCGAGCCGAAAGAAGAGGAUGAAGGAGAACCCGUAGAUGAUGAAGAUGAAGGCGAGCCGAAAGAAGAAGAUGAAGGAGAACCCGUAGAUGAUGAAGAUGAAGGCGAGCCGAAAGAAGAAGAUGAAGGAGAACCCGUAGAUGAUGAAGAUGAAGGCGAGCCGAAAGAAGAAGAUGAAGGAGAACCCGUAGAUGAUGAAGAUGAAGGCGAGCCGAAAGAAGAAGAUGAAGGAGAACCCGUAGAUGAUGAAGAUGAAGGCGAGCCGAAAGAAGAAGAUGAAGGAGAACCCGUAGAUGAUGAAGAUGAAGGCGAGCCGAAAGAAGAAGAUGAAGGAGAACCCGUAGAUGAUGAAGAUGAAGGCGAGCCGAAAGAAGAAGAUGAAGGAGAACCCGUAGAUGAUGAAGAUGAAGGCGAGCCGAAAGAAGAAGAUGAAGGAGAACCCGUAGAUGAUGAAGAUGAAGGCGAGCCGAAAGAAGAAGAUGAAGGAGAACCCGUAGAUGAUGGAGAUGAAGGCGAGCCGAAAGAAGAAGAUGAAGGAGAACCCGUAGAUGAUGAAGACGAAGGCGAGCCGAAAGAAGAAGAUGAAGGAGAACCCGUAGAUGAUGAAGACGAAGGCGAGCCGAAAGAAGAAGAUGAAGGAGAACCCGUAGAUGAUGAAGACGAAGGCGAGCCGAAAGAAGAAGAUGAAGGAGAACCCGUAGAUGAUGAAGACGAAGGCGAGCCGAAAGAAGAAGAUGAAGGAGAACCCGUAGAUGAUGAAGACGAAGGCGAGCCGAAAGAAGAAGAUGAAGGAGAACCCGUAGAUGAUGAAGACGAAGGCGAGCCGAAAGAAGAAGAUGAAGGAGAACCCGUAGAUGAUGAAGACGAAGGCGAGCCGAAAGAAGAAGAUGAAGGAGAACCCGUAGAUGAUGAAGAAGAAGGCGAGCCGAAAGAAGAAGAUGAAGGAGAACCCGUAGAUGAUGAAGAUGAAGGCGAGCCGAAAGAAGAGGAUGAAGGAGAACCCGUAGAUGAUGAAGAUGAAGGCGAGCCGAAAGAAGAAGAUGAAGGAGAACCCGUAGAUGAUGAAGAUGAAGGCGAGCCGAAAGAAGAGGAUGAAGGAGAACCCGUAGAUGAUGAAGAUGAAGGCGAGCCGAAGGAAGAAGAUGAAGGAGAACCCGUAGAUGAUGAAGAUGAAGGCGAGCCGAAAGAAGAAGAUGAAGGAGAACCCGUAGAUGAUGAAGAUGAAGGCGAGCCGAAAGAAGAAGAUGAAGGAGAACCCGUAGAUGAUGAAGAUGAAGGCGAGCCGAAAGAAGAAGAUGAAGGAGAACCCGUAGAUGAUGAAGACGAAGGCGAGCCGAAAGAAGAAGAUGAAGGAGAACCCGUAGAUGAUGAAGACAAAGGCGAGCCGAAAGAAGAAGAUGAAGGAGAACCCGUAGAUGAUGAAGACGAAGGCGAGCCGAAAGAAGAAGACGAAGGAGAACCCGUAGAUGAUGAAGACGAAGGCGAGCCGAAAGAAGAAGAUGAAGGAGAACCCGUAGAUGAUGAAGACGAAGGCGAGCCGAAAGAAGAAGAUGAAGGAGAACCCGUAGAUGAUGAAGACGAAGGCGAGCCGAAAGAAGAAGAUGAAGGAGAACCCGUAGAUGAUGAAGAUGAAGGCGAGCCGAAAGAAGAGGAUGAAGGAGAACCCGUAGAUGAUGAAGAUGAAGGCGAGCCGAAAGAAGAGGAUGAAGGAGAACCCGUAGAUGAUGAAGAUGAAGGCGAGCCGAAAGAAGAAGAUGAAGGAGAACCCGUAGAUGAUGAAGAUGAAGGCGAGCCGAAAGAAGAAGAUGAAGGAGAACCCGUAGAUGAUGAAGAUGAAGGCGAGCCGAAAGAAGAAGAUGAAGGAGAACCCGUAGAUGAUGAAGAUGAAGGCGAGCCGAAAGAAGAAGAUGAAGGAGAACCCGUAGAUGAUGAAGAUGAAGGCGAGCCGAAAGAAGAAGAUGAAGGAGAACCCGUAGAUGAUGAAGAUGAAGGCGAGCCGAAAGAAGAAGAUGAAGGAGAACCCGUAGAUGAUGAAGAUGAAGGCGAGCCGAAAAAAGAAGAUGAAGGAGAACCCGUAGAUGAUGAAGACGAAGGCGAGCCGAAAGAAGAAGAUGAAGGAGAACCCGUAGAUGAUGAAGACGAAGGCGAGCCGAAAGAAGAAGAUGAAGGAGAACCCGUAGAUGAUGAAGACGAAGGCGAGCCGAAAGAAGAAGAUGAAGGAGAACCCGUAGAUGAUGAAGAUGAAGGCGAGCCGAAAGAAGAAGAUGAAGGAGAACCCGUAGAUGAUGAAGAUGAAGGCGAGCCGAAAGAAGAAGAUGAAGGAGAGCCCGUAGAUGAUGAAGAUGAAGGCGAGCCGAAAGAAGAAGAUGAAGGAGAACCCGUAGAUGAUGAAGAUGAAGGCGAGCCGAAAGAAGAAGAUGAAGGAGAACCCGUAGAUGAUGAAGAUGAAGGCGAGCCGAAAGAAGAAGAUGAAGGAGAACCCGUAGAUGAUGAAGACGAAGGCGAGCCGAAAGAAGAAGAUGAAGGAGAACCCGUAGAUGAUGAAGAUGAAGGCGAGCCGAAAGAAGAAGAUGAAGGAGAACCCGUAGAUGAUGAAGAUGAAGGCGAGCCGAAAGAAGAAGAUGAAGGAGAACCCGUAGAUGAUGAAGAUGAAGGCGAGCCGAAAGAAGAAGAUGAAGGAGAACCCGUAGAUGAUAAAGAUGAAGGCGAGCCGAAAGAAGAAGAUGAAGGAGAACCCGUAGAUGAUGAAGAUGAAGGCGAGCCGAAAGAAGAAGAUGAAGGAGAACCCGUAGAUGAUGAAGACGAAGGCGAGCCGAAAGAAGAAGAUGAAGGAGAACCCGUAGAUGAUGAAGACGAAGGCGAGCCGAAAGAAGAAGAUGAAGGAGAACCCGUAGAUGAUGAAGACGAAGGCGAGCCGAAAGAAGAAGAUGAAGGAGAACCCGUAGAUGAUGAAGAUGAAGGCGAGCCGAAAGAAGAAGAUGAAGGAGAACCCGUAGAUGAUGAAGAUGAAGGCGAGCCGAAAGAAGAGGAUGAAGGAGAACCCGUAGAUGAUGAAGAUGAAGGCGAGCCGAAAGAAGAAGAUGAAGGAGAACCCGUAGAUGAUGAAGAUGAAGGCGAGCCGAAAGAAGAAGAUGAAGGAGAACCCGUAGAUGAUGAAGAUGAAGGCGAGCCGAAAGAAGAAGAUGAAGGAGAACCCGUAGAUGAUGAAGAUGAAGGCGAGCCGAAAGAAGAAGAUGAAGGAGAACCCGUAGAUGAUGAAGAUGAAGGCGAGCCGAAAGAAGAAGAUGAAGGAGAACCCGUAGAUGAUGAAGAUGAAGGCGAGCCGAAAGAAGAAGAUGAAGGAGAACCCGUAGAUGAUGAAGAUGAAGGCGAGCCGAAAAAAGAAGAUGAAGGAGAACCCGUAGAUGAUGAAGACGAAGGCGAGCCGAAAGAAGAAGAUGAAGGAGAACCCGUAGAUGAUGAAGACGAAGGCGAGCCGAAAGAAGAAGAUGAAGGAGAACCCGUAGAUGAUGAAGACGAAGGCGAGCCGAAAGAAGAAGAUGAAGGAGAACCCGUAGAUGAUGAAGAUGAAGGCGAGCCGAAAGAAGAAGAUGAAGGAGAACCCGUAGAUGAUGAAGAUGAAGGCGAGCCGAAAGAAGAAGAUGAAGGAGAGCCCGUAGAUGAUGAAGAUGAAGGCGAGCCGAAAGAAGAAGAUGAAGGAGAACCCGUAGAUGAUGAAGAUGAAGGCGAGCCGAAAGAAGAAGAUGAAGGAGAACCCGUAGAUGAUGAAGAUGAAGGCGAGCCGAAAGAAGAAGAUGAAGGAGAACCCGUAGAUGAUGAAGACGAAGGCGAGCCGAAAGAAGAAGAUGAAGGAGAACCCGUAGAUGAUGAAGAUGAAGGCGAGCCGAAAGAAGAAGAUGAAGGAGAACCCGUAGAUGAUGAAGAUGAAGGCGAGCCGAAAGAAGAAGAUGAAGGAGAACCCGUAGAUGAUGAAGAUGAAGGCGAGCCGAAAGAAGAAGAUGAAGGAGAACCCGUAGAUGAUGAAGAUGAAGGCGAGCCGAAAGAAGAAGAUGAAGGAGAACCCGUAGAUGAUGAAGACGAAGGCGAGCCGAAAGAAGAAGAUGAAGGAGAACCCGUAGAUGAUGAAGACGAAGGCGAGCCGAAAGAAGAAGAUGAAGGAGAACCCGUAGAUGAUGAAGACGAAGGCGAGCCGAAAGAAGAAGAUGAAGGAGAACCCGUAGAUGAUGAAGAUGAAGGCGAGCCGAAAGAAGAAGAUGAAGGAGAACCCGUAGAUGAUGAAGACGAAGGCGAGCCGAAAGAAGAAGAUGAAGGAGAACCCGUAGAUGAUGAAGACGAAGGCGAGCCGAAAGAAGAAGAUGAAGGAGAACCCGUAGAUGAUGAAGACGAAGGCGAGCCGAAAGAAGAAGAUGAAGGAGAACCCGUAGAUGAUGAAGACGAAGGCGAGCCGAAAGAAGAGGAUGAAGGAGAACCCGUAGAUGAUGAAGAUGAAGGCGAGCCGAAAGAAGAAGAUGAAGGAGAACCCGUAGAUGAUGAAGAUGAAGGCGAGCCGAAAGAAGAAGAUGAAGGAGAACCCGUAGAUGAUAAAGAUGAAGGCGAGCCGAAAGAAGAAGAUGAAGGAGAACCCGUAGAUGAUGAAGAUGAAGGCGAGCCGAAAGAAGAAGAUGAAGGAGAACCCGUAGAUGAUGAAGACGAAGGCGAGCCGAAAGAAGAAGAUGAAGGAGAACCCGUAGAUGAUGAAGACGAAGGCGAGCCGAAAGAAGAAGAUGAAGGAGAACCCGUAGAUGAUGAAGAUGAAAGCGAGCGGAAAGAAGAAGAUGAAGGAGAACCCAUAGAUGAUGAAGAUGAAAGCGAGCGGAAAGAAGAAGAUGAGGAAGAAUCCAUGGAAAGCGGUCGCCACAUGAAUGAAUCAUUCAUUCAUCAUAUUAGAAAUAGGACGGUAUUUGUUGAUAUGUUCGUCACACGCGUAGUUAGUAAUGUAUACUAUAGGAUUAUCGCUAAUAUGUAG